CACAAUCAAGAGUGUUAAAUUAACACUGGGGAUUUUGCUGUGCAGGAGCCCCCAGAGCCUACGGUGGUGCCAAGCUGCAAGUGGUUGCUCACCGUUUACAGCCAAGACAUUCUGACCAGGCUGGAUGAAAUCCAUGCCAGAAUAAAAUCCACCUAUGGCUCUGUCUUGAAGAUGGAUUCUACUAAAAAGAUCACCAAGAAGCUGGCUGGGACAGCGAGGGGAACGGGACUCUGGCUUACCUCUGUUGGCAACGAGUUUGGUCAGGUGCUCAUAAGUGUGCUGACAGCCCAGGAAGGAGCAGGACUUGACAUGAUGGUAGACGGUCUGGUGAAAAGAUACCAGCAGGCUGGUGUAAAUCCACCUCCUGUGUUGUACGUGGACUGUGGGUGCUGCAGUGAGGUGAGCGAGAGCAAGCUGAAAACCAGGUUUAGGGGCUGGCCAGAUCUCAUGAUACGCUUGGACAUCUGGCAUUUUAUGCGCAGGAUUGCCUUGGGGUGUACAACUGAUGCCCAUCAGUUGUACCCCAUUUUCAUGACACGGCUAUCAGCAUGCAUCUUUGAAUGGGAUGCAGCUGACGUCUCUAUCCUUCGCAAAGCAAAGAGAGAGCUGUUGAUGUCCCAGGGUUGGCCUGCGCUGACAGAUGAAGAUGUAAACAAGCAUCUGACCAGGGAGGAGCUGGCUCUACAUUGCCGGAGGAGGACCCGUGGAGAGGAGACUACCAUCCUUCUCCUUGAACAACUGCUUACAGAACUCUCUGGGUGUUCCUCUCUUGGAUCGAGAAAGGAUGGAGCACAUCUGGUGUGUCCAAAAGAAGCACAUCAAGUGUAUCCAAGACCCUCUUGGUGUUGCCCUCUAUACUGAGACCGGGAGCCUAACCAAGGGAGGUGUGCUUCUGAAGACUUACAGAUGUGCCAGAGGCUCCACUUCUCUUGAAUCCUUUCAUUUACACCUUAACCGUUUCAUCCCAGGGACCAGUGCAAACAGUCUGAACUUUCAGAUUUAUUUGUUGGAGGGUCUACAAAGGUGGAACCAGGAUCGGGAGGCAGCUUCCAUGUCAUCUGAGCCAUCAGCUUUACGCAGCUACACAGGAGAACUUGUUCACUGUGUAAACAGCAAUUAUGAAAAGCUGUUUGGCAGGAAAGUGGUCCCCACGUUUUGUCCCCCUGCACGUUACACCGGUGAGCUCAUUGGAGUGCAGUAUCUAUUCCAGCAGACUGGUCAGGCACUGCAGGACAUGAACCCAGACUCUGAAGAGACGGCAGAGCUCAUCGAGGAACUUAAUGUGGAGGAGCAAGAUGAAGAUGAGGGCUUCUGUGAUGUCAGCGAGGAUCACACAAUUGCAGAUCCCGAGGAUGUUCUGUCACCUCCCUCCUCCACUCUGACACUGGGUUCUUCCACCGUGGUCACCAGCAGUGACACGGCUGUACUGGGUUCCACAUCCCCUUCACUGGUCCCUGAUCCUACACCUGCUCCUUCAUCACCUGGACCCUCGGGGACUGCUGUGCCACCUUUUCCCUCUGAAACAUCUGUUUCACCACUCUCCUCAGAGCCAGAGGAUGCUGGUCAGGAUGAUGAUGACGAUGAAGAGACUGCUGUUGACUACCAAAAUGUUCCGGGAUACCAACAUGUUGACAAGCUGGCCGAAUAUCUGGUGGAGCUCCGGGGUCACACAGCCCUUAGCCUGACCAAUCAGGAAGCCAGCACCAUAGUUGAACUUUGGCAGAACCUGGCUGACCAGGACAAGCAACGGGUGGUGAAUGCAGCUAGACACCAGAAGAGACUGUUGAGUGGACGCUUCAGAGUACCAAAGAGGCCCACUAAAACCCCAGGAGUAGAGAGCACCAUCAGAAGUGUGCUGGGAGCAAGCAGCGCACCUGCUCAGUGGCCUGACUGUUGCCGUCUGGUGGAAACCAUCUUCAUCAGGCUUUGCAAUACCCACCCAAGCCCCAAGAGAAAAGGCAAGGGAACGCUGUCGAGAUGGUCUCUAAUCCUCCAGGAUUACAGGAGGAUAAGGCAGCUUGUACUGGGCAACAGCUUGGUGAUGGGAGGAACCUCAAUGCAGCUGGUGGAGGUUAACCAGAAUACCCUGAUUCAGUGGUAUAACAACAGACAGAAAAAGCAGGAACUGUCUGUGCUGAUUCAGGGCAUUCAGUUGCCUCAGCCCCUCCCUGAAGCUCAGGAACCUCUCCAGGCUGCCAAACGCCUACGGACUGAGCCAGAACAAUCAGGGGAGCAGCACCAGUACAAGCUACCAGAGAGCACAGCAGGUCAGGCAAAACAGAGGCACACCUCUACUGGGCGACCUCCUCUCAGACCCAAGGCACCAACACAGACUACUAUGUUGUACCCUAGGUACCCAAUAUACUUAUACCUGCAGCACCAGGUUUCCCGGGUGUGCCAAUGCUUCAGGGUGUGCCAGUGUGCCAGGGCAUGCCAAUGGCUCAAAGACUGCCAAUGGUCCAGGGCACGCAAAUGGUCCAGGGCAUGCCAAUGGUCCAGAGGAUGCCAAUGGUUCAGGGAAUGCCAAUGGUUCAGGGAAUCCCGAUGGUCCAGGGAAUGCCAGUGGUUCAGGGGAUGCCACUGUUACAUCCUACAGUUGUGCAGGGCACAAGUUCACAACCAGCUGCCAAUCCCCAAACCAUGCCUAAGAGACCCUACAAGAGAACUGUAGAGGCGAACACUUGCAAGAAAUGCGGACAUUUCAAAACCAGUGCAACAGGACAUAGCCAGUACAGGGGCAAAGUAUACUGCCCACAGUCUGAAACUGUUACAAAAGAACAGUGGUUAGAGGAAAUGCGGAGAACUGUUCCCAAAUAAUGUAUAUAUUUUUAUUUAUUGUAGUGUGUAUAUAGUUGUUUAAAUAUAGUUCACUAUAGUUAAUAUUUGUGUUGAACAUUAUUUAAUAUUUUAUUUACUGCUUUUUAAAAACCUAU